AUGGAAAACCAAAGCGUUGCUUUUCCCCAUCGAGUGAGGUUCUGGAUGCCCAACCUGAUGAACUUUUCAACGAACAAUUUCAUAGUACCCCCUAUACACAUCGAGCGAAGUCCAGUGUCACAGUCAUCUAGAGGUCGCAACUUGAUCUCGAAGACGCUAGGUGUGCUCAAUAGAUCGGAGCAGUUUUUUAACUUUUCAACGCAAACCAAAAUGAGUGGUUCAGGAAAGGGUCUCUUGGGUCUUUGGCUCUAUAGAAAUGGGUCCGAAUGGGAAGUUAAAAAUGAAGCCCAUCAUCAUCCCAAACUUGGGGAACUUAACAUGGCGGCUCGACAGCAGACCCAGCAAUUAGAGAGCGAGAGGAUUUCAGUGAUAUUUACUCUGAGAAACCAAGUUGGGGGACUGGUCAAAGCUCUUACGGUGUUCCAAGACCUGGGCAUCAAUGUCCUCCAUAUUGAGUCCCGUAAAUCUGUAACUGAAGUUUCCUCUUCUGACAUUUUGGUGGAUGUGGAGUGUGAUCCCCAUCGUAUGGAGCAAUUGAAGAGGAUGUUGAAACGUGAAGUUCAAGACUUCGAAGUGGUAUCGUCUCAAACUGGCGAAGAGUUUCCACCUCCGACACCAUUAUCUGCCGCUGCUAGUUUCGAUUUUGGUGAGAUGCAUUGGUUUCCUCGUAAAAUAUCUGACCUGGACCGGGCCCAAAACGUGUUGAUGUAUGGCUCCGAGCUGGACGCCGACCACCCGGGUUUCAAAGAUCCAGUUUACCGCAAGCGUCGAGAACAAUUUGCAGCCAUUGCCAACAACUACAAGUAUGGCCAACCCAUUCCUAAAGUACAAUAUACGGAUGUAGAAAUAAAGACGUGGGGCAUCGUGUUCCGUGAACUUCACAAACUUUACCAGAAGCACGCAUGUGAGGAGUAUCUCGAAAACUGGCCCCAACUCGUCAAGUACUGUGGCUAUCGGGAAGACAAUUUGCCUCAGUUGGAGGAUGUGAGCGCUUUUCUUAAACGUAAAACUGGAUUCCAACUGCGGCCCGUUGCGGGUUACCUGUCGCCUAGGGACUUUUUGUCAGGUUUGGCGUUCAGGGUGUUCCAUUGCACUCAGUAUAUCCGUCACUCUUCGGAUCCAUUCUAUACCCCUGAACCAGCUUUCGCCGACAGCAUACAACGACCUUUCGGCGUGCGCUACAAUCCAUACACUCAAAGUGUGGAGGUACUUAGUAACGCCCAAAAGAUUACUGCCUUGGUCAGAGAACUGCGGGGUGACAUCUGCAUCGUGUCUUCAGCGAUUAAGAAGAUUUCUGCUCAAGACUCCACACUAGAUGUUGAAACUAUUGCUAACAUGCUCCACACGGGGCUUCAGGUCCAAGAGCGGAGUCCUCAGAGCACGUCAGGGGGUAGCACGCCAAACUCGGAACGCGGUUCGUCUCCACGACAUGAGCCAAAGAAACCCGAACAGUCUGACAUCUGA